AUGGAGCUGCCUACUACCAAGUGUGGCACCAUCGACCUGGGCCUGGGCACAUGGAAGCUUGCCUCCCCGGAAGACAGCCUCCGUGCUAGAGCACACUGCAGGGAUGAUGGCAAGAAGCUGCCCGAGUACAAGGCGGUGGUGGUGGGUGCGAGUGGCGUGGGCAAGAGCGCUCUGACCAUCCAGCUGAACCACCAGUGCUUCGUGGAAGACCACGACCCCACCAUCCAGGAUUCCUACUGGAAAGAGUUGGACCUGGAUCAUGGGGGCUGCGUUCUGAACGUGCUGGACACCGCAGGGCAGGCCAUUCAUAAGGCCCUGCGUGACCAGUGCCUGGCUGCUGGUGAUGGCGUGCUGGGUGUCUUCGCUCUCGAUGACCCCUCCUCGCUGGGCCAGCUGCAGCAGAUUCGUGACGCCUGGGGCCCUCACCCCAGCCAGCCUCUCGUCCUUGUGGGAAACAAGUGUGAUCUCGUGACCGACGCCGGAGAUGCUCAUGCCACUGCUGUAGCCCUCGCCCGGAGCUGGGGAGCGCCCUUCGUGGAGACCUCAGCCAAGACCCGGCAAGGUGUGGAGGAGGCCUUCUCUCUGCUCGUCCAUGAGAUCCAGAGGGUCCAGGAAGCCAGGGCAAAGGAGGCUGUGUCAGGGCCAGGUGGGAAGCACCAGAAGACCACCUGCCGCUGUGGCUGCUCUGUGGCCUGA